CGCGGGCGCGCUGUGAGGCCGCGGCCCGUGGCAGCGCGAGGUGGCCGGUCGGGAGGAGCCCGCGCUGCCGGACAGGCCAGGGUCCCCCGGGUGCCGCUCCGGGACCCCCAUCCCCUCCUCCGGCCUCUCUCCUGCCCGGGUCCCGGCUAAAAGGCCCCGCCGACCCCUUACCGGAGUGCCGCCCCUGGGCAGGGGGCGGGGAGGGGCUUAGCGGGCGCUGGCCCGGGAGUGGUUCCGGGUCGCAAAGGCGGAAUCUGCCGUAGGAGCGGACCGGGUAGCGGCGGCGACAUGCGGUUCCGCUUCUGCGGGGACCUGGACUGCCCCGACUGGGUGCUGGCCGAGAUCAGCACUCUGGCCAAAAUAUCCUCGGUGAAGCUGAAGCUGAUCUGCGCCCAGGUGCUGCGGGACCUGCUGGGGGAGGCCAUCGAGUAUGACAAGAUCCUGAAGCUGACCUCAGAUGCAAAGUUAGAGUCAGGGGAUGUGAAGGCGACCAUUGCUGUCCUCGGCUUCAUCCUCUCCAGUGCAGCCAAGCACAAUGUAGACAGUGAGUCUCUGUCAAGCGAGCUGCAGCAGCUGGGACUGCCCAAAGAGCAUGCCAGCGGGUUGUGCCGUUCCUACGAGGAGAAGCAGAGCCCCCUCCAGGACAGGCUGAGGGCCUGCAGCCUGCGAUUGAGCCAGCUGGGCUCGGUGCGCUGGCGGGUGGAUUACACCCUCAGCUCCAGCGAGCUGCAGGAGGUCAAUGAGCCCGUGGUGCACCUCACCUUCAACGUGUGCGACAGAGAGUGUGAGAAGAUGACGCCUGUCCCUGUGACGCUCUCGGCCAACAAGUUCUGGGUGCUGCUGGCAGAGCUGAAGCAAGCCCAGGCCCUGAUGAACACCCUUCUCUGAGGAGCCAGGAAAGGAGCCCGGCCACGGUGGGAGGCUGCGACACUGAGCUGGGGGUCCAGAUUGGUGCUCCUGGCUGGGGCAGAGAACGUUUCCCUUCCCUCCGAGUUCUUGGGGUCCUCGGGGCAGCUCUAAUAAAGUCUCGGUGACAAAGCUGA